CAAAACUAGGUAGAAAAGAAUGCAAGCAAUUUGCAAACAACAUUUUAUUUAAUGCUAAAAACGCUUGAGAAAAAAUAGUAUUGCACAGAAAUUAACAAUAAAAAACUACUAAACAAACGUUUAAAACUUAAACUAUAAUAUUGUAUAUAAGUAGUGUCGAAAAAGACGAAAAUAAGUGCAGUGACUUGGUGUGUGAAAGUGUAUCGACGGCGGCUUGUCCAGCGGAGCCCCAUUCCUUUCUACUUUCAACGCUUUUGUUACAUGUGGUGGUAAAGACUUUUAAAAAUAAUGAACACCGCUAUAGCAAAGACGGCGGCUGGAACAACUACAACCACAGCUGCUCAGUUGCUCAGCUCUGCACCAAGCGCUGCUGAGAAAAAUAAACAAUGGCAACGCGAAUUGCUUAUGGAGCGCAUACGUACGCGCUCCAACCAACACAAAUCAUUUCCUGAACUAGCCAAGGCUAUGCGUAUGUCCAUGUUGGAAAAACGCUACGCACUCGAUGCAGUGGAGAAGGCAAAUUUGCAAAAAUGUCUCGACAGCAUGCAACACUGCAUUAAGGUAACAUCGCGGCAAGGAUUGGUUGAGCGACUUGAGAGUCUCUCACGCCAAUUGGGUCUUAAGUUCAUGGAAGACACAUCGGGUUUGUUUAUAUCGACUGAUAUGUUCUUUUUGGAAAUCAUUUUGGACGCCAAUGGCGCACUAACCGACGUUAAAGUGCAUCAUGAAUGUAAGAUUGAACAACAAUCUUGUAGUGAGCUGGUGAAUUGCUUGAAUCGUGGUGACUUUGCCGAUUUCACUGUGCAAUUGGAAGGUCUAUCGUCCAUCUAUCAAUUGAACGCGGAACCUAAAGUGAAAACCAAGGCUUUUGUUGCGCUACAAGCAAUGGAAACCGAUUUGUAUAAUCUCUUUCAAAUGCAAAACUUCACAAAAGACUCACAGCAGCUGGUUAAAGCAUCUUCCGUGGGUUUAGUGUUGAAACGACGUGGUGGUCAUCCAAUGAAACUCAUUUACUUCGUCUCGCCUUAUGAUCUCAUCUCAAUGGAUACCAAAUCGAUGCAACCACUCACAACCGAAUUGAUAACAAGCAAAGAUAUUGGUUUUAGUGUCACAGUGAACUUAGAGGCUUCUUCAGCGAAUAAAUUGCAAAUAUUACCGAUUGUUAGCGUCACCAAUGAUCCACAAACCGGCAUUGAUAUACCGAUAUAUGCGCCGUUGAAUCAGCAAAACUCCAUGCUCUUGCCUGCGACAUUUGUGCUACGUUUAAAUAAACCGUUACCGGUGUGUCAUGCCAACUUGAGAGCUUUGGGCUUGCCACUCGGUGUUGCAGCCGACGGUGCAACAGGCUUAGAAUCACCCGACAAAAAGGAGGUUGUGGUAACGUCGAUUAUGAAUUUGAUAGUGCAAACUGCUUCGGAGCAACAGUUGAAGAACUCACAGAAAGGGCUCUUCGUGAAUUUGCCGGAUCAAACGCAUUGCUACUUCUUCACUGAGAAUAAACAACUGCAGGCCACACUUGUUUCAUCCAUACCCUUCACGGAGCCUAUGCAAGUACCGAAAAUUCUGGAUUUUCUUAAACGUCAGGCGCUUUUCUACACACUCUUGGCUAGUUGUGUGCGCACACAGUCGAAAAUGGGUAACGACAUGGAGUCCACCACAAUACUCGAAGUGAAUGCCAUAUCCUUCCAACAAAUCAGCGUCUCGUUGCAACAUAGUUACGAGGAAUCAAUGGCAACUCUGGAGUUUGAUUUACGUGAUGGCAAUGUAAAGUGCGCGCUGUACUCACUCACACACAACUACGAUCUGCUGUCUUUGAAGCUGACAAAAGUUGUUGAAAAGUGUCUGUCCAUACCGGUGACCAUACGUGCGCUACUCAAGUUUUGGGAUCAAGAAACGAUGAGCAUGUUUCAACGCAGCAUUGGUGGUGGUGUUGGCGGUGGCAUGGGCGGUUUAGGUGGCACGGGCCCAUGUGGUAGCACUGGCAAUGCUGGUUAUGGAAAUUUUAGCAUGGUUAUGGGACCUAAUGAUUCGGGCGGUGGUGGUGGUAGUGCCGGUAUGCGUGGUGGCGGUGGCGUUAAAAUGGAACAAAAUACACGACAACAACAAAUGCCAAAUAUGGCUUCUGCAACGACAACAAUGGGUGGUGGUGUUGGUGGUGUCGGUAUGAAUGCAGCUUGCAAUAGCGCUGCCGGCAUUACAGGGUUUCUGCAAUAUAAGAAUGAAGUGAAGCAGGAGGAUUUUCAUGAUAGCCCAAAGAGUCAAAUGCAAAAUAAUUUAGCAUUGCAUGCUGCUGCUGCUGAGAACAGCUCUUUGGGCGGCCUACACCAGCUACAGCAAACGCAGCAACAACAACAAACAUCAUCACCGCAUGAUCUACACGCCAUCGCCAAGCAGACAGAAAUCGAAAUCGCCGACAAGUACAAGAACAUUUGGAUGGAUAAGACAAAUUUGAAGAAUUGCGUCAGCAUAACACCCAUCUCGCCGGAUAGUAAUAGUAGAGGCGCCACACAGCCACAAGGUGUCGAUGUGAAACGCGCUGUCGGCAUAGAAAUCAUACCAUUGACCGGUGCAAAUGGCGCAACUACGAGCGGCGCUUCAGUCACGAUGCCUGGCGGUACGAAUGUGCCACAAACCGGCGUCAACACCUCGUCCACCAUCACUAUAACGCCCAUAAAUGCCGUGACCAGCGCCGGCAUUAAUGCCAACAAAGAUAAGAAAACAAGCAGCGGCUCACUAGUGGGCAGUGUUGGUGGCUUAAAUGCUGGCGCGAAUAUGACGCCGAUGGCCAGCAACAAACGUCCCAUGGAUGUGCCCUCACCCAGCGACGCGCAAAAAGAGAAGAAACGCAAAAAGAAGCGUGACGAUUCACCGAUGGGUCCACCAGAGAAGGUGUAUUCGCGUCAAAAUUCACCCGCUGCCACCAACGAAACCGCAGCCACGGUGGCGGCGCGCAAAUUCUCAUCACCUUCCUCUUCACCGAAGGGUGGCAGCGGUAGUGGCAUGCUGAGUGGCGCCAACACAGGCGCGGUCGGCAAUGCUGCGCUGCUUUCGACACGACCCAGCCCGAAACAUUCGCCCGUCUAUAGCAGUCCGAAGCAUUCGAAUACCGCAUCAAAUAGCCCGAAAUCACCGUUCGGCACGCAUUCGCCAAAACAUGGCUCAUCGGGCAAGCCGAGCAUGUCUACGCUGAAGAGCGCCACAGCAACCAGUCUGAGUCCGAAAGGCGACAAAAGCGGUUGUGUCAGCGCAAGCAGUCUAGUUGGCAAUGCGGCGGCGGCCGGUGUUGCCGCUGCCAAUGCAGUGAAAACCGCUAUGGGUGUGGGUGUGGUUGGUGGCAUGCAACAAAUAAAGUCCAUGAAUCAUUUAGCGGCGCCCUCAGCGUUGAAUACGGCUGCCGGUGGCUAUGGUGGCGUGCCAAAUAUGGCGAAUAUGGGCGGCGGUGGUGCCGGCGGUGUUGGUCAGUUGUUGAGCGGCAAUGGUGCGGGUGGUGGCAUGGAUAUGAAUGCUGCGGCGGCGGUUGCAGCAUCACAAGUGGCAGCUAUGCGCAAAGUGGUGAGCGGCGCGGUUAGUUCGACGGCGUCAACGAUGUCAGUCGCGCCAACAACAGCAACAGCAACGCAAGCGCUGCCGGGAGCGCCAGUGUCGGCGCCGCUGCAACACUCACCGUCGCCGGACAUUGGCAGCAGUGAGGUGAAGAACGGUGGACGUGCCGAAUCAACACAGCAAUUCAACUCAACCGAAUAUAUGGUGAAACCGAGUCAAGAGGGCUUGAAGCUGACCAUCAACAAGACGAGCGGUGGUGGCAAAUCGAGCAGUAGCAACAACAAUGGCAGCGGCACUAGUACGUCUUCUUCAAGCAACGCCAACACAUCCACUGGGAAGAGUAUGAAAUCUAGUAGCUCGACGAGUUCAAGUAAGAGACAACAUACUGGACUUAAACCGGGCGUUAGUAGUGGACCGGCCUCUAAAAAGUUAUCCUCCGCCAAGUCACCGUCCAAGAAGAGCUCAACAUCCAAGCAUCCCUUUCAAAAGUCCAACUCAUCCGGCAGUUUGUCAACGAAGUCAACCAAUCCCGCUGGUGGUGGUCUGACCAAAAGCUACAGCACAAACUCAUUUGGUGACUUGAGCGCCGGUGGCGCCCCGUCACGUAAGUCCUCGAAGAAAUCUUCCUCGUCGUCUUCGUCAACGUCGAGCGCCAGCUUGCACGCCAAUGCGACCGCUACUUCUGCACCUGCCACCCGCUUGGAUCACCAAGCGGAUAUGUUGAAAAUACUGCAAUAUGCCUCACCUGUCAUGGCGGCCAAUAUGGAGGGUUUCAUGAAGGGUUUCAAUAGUAAAUUCCAAAUACCGAAGCUGUCGCAACGCAAUGCGAACCUCGCGAAUGGCUCACAAUCGGCACCGACAACACCGACUGCACUCUCGCCGGCGUUGAGUAGUGUGGGCAGUGCGACGGCUGCAAAGGUCGAUAACCAUGCUAACGAAGCCUUACAAACGCUGCAGAAUACGCAACAACAACAGCAGCAACAACAACAAAAUGCUACAACAAUGCAAUUUAAUGCUAAUUAUCAUUUGGCCCAGAAAUCGGAAGGCGUACAAAUGCAUUACGCUAAUCAUCACCGUCAGCAGCAACAGCAACAGCAGCACCAAUACCAACAACAAACGCAAAUGCAUAAUCCGCACACUCAGCACCAACAGACCGCCUUAACCGUUGACUACCACCAUCAGGCGUCAGCCGUCGCCCACAGUCAACCCAUGGAUGAGUCGUCGUUCAUGUCGAACGCUGCGGCUGCAUCGUCGGCCGGAUACGGCGGUAAAUGACAUUACUUUGUUACAUUUGUAUUUUCUUAUUCGUAAGCUCUAAGUAUUUGUGUACCCGCAUAUUUACUAGAGUCCAAUGACGGGAGCUUGUUGAAGCAUUGAUGACAACUUAAAGAUUAUUGGCGUAGUUGUAACUGGAGAUUCGCUCUUUUUUUCUAGUAUUUGAGGUUAGUUAAGUCUUAAAAAUUAAGUAUUAAAGACUGUCUGUGAGAAACUAUAUUCGGACUAAAGGACUGUACUUUCCUGGAGAUUUACUCAAACAUUUACUCAUCUCUGCUGUGUUACGCGGAUUUCUAGGCAGAUCAGUUUACACAGAAAGUGAGGUUAUGGCCUCUAGUUGCGCUCAUUACGAGUUAGAUGGAGAUAACUCCAAAUAAUUUUGAAAACUACGACUGAAUUGACAGACCUUGACUGGAUAUGAAUGAGAGUCCAUUCCGGUUGUGUAGAUCCGACAGUCCUGGGAACGCUUAUUCUUAAUAGCUUCAGGUACUAAUAUUACUUUGGUACCGGGUCCCUAUCUAUAUUCUGCAUUGAUGCCAGUGACGUUCUGUUACUAUAAAGUAACUAUCAAAAUUCUCACAGUAACUCGAUCAAAAACUUUUCUGGAACAAAAAACUGUCUAUAAGUGGACUUGUGAGCCCCUUUCUACGAAUAAACUUAUGAUAAAUUGUACGCCAAGACAGAGUUAAGCUCCUGAAUGUGACACAGAGAUACUUUAGUUUACUUUUUACAUCAACGAUGUAUCCAACUGAGUGCAGGUCUCACUACAGACUCCUCUCUUUACUAAGACUCUUUAUGCGAAACUUAAUGAAACUUUGCAAAACCUUUCAAAAAUAGUUGACAUAUUUUUUCUGCACGGAAUUUCCAGUAUACAAACUAUUGCUAUGUACUGAAAAUGUAUGUUUUAGAAAACUAGUAAAGUCAACGAAUAUUUUAUUUUAAGUAAAUCAACACUUAAUUAUAUGAAGAAUGCUUCUAGUUACAUAUUUUAACAACUAUCAAGUAAAAAAAAAAUUACAAAUACACUGAGAAAAUGAUUUAUAUCAUCAAGUGCGAACAUUGUAUGCCUAGAAGUAUGCAAUAUUUUUUCAGAAAAUUUUUGAAAUCAUACAAAUUACAUUUGAAUUAUAAUUAUUUAAUCUAUUAAUAUACCACCAAGAGAAGAACCACUUACACAAGCAUUAAUAGAAAAUAUUUCUCAAGAAGUUUUUAAGGUUAAAAAUAUCAUUUAGCUUUUGUUGCUCAAUUCCUCUGACGCUUUAGCUUAAAUAUGAUAUUUUAAUACUUCUUAUUAAAAAAGAACCCUCAUUUGAAUGAGGGGGAAUGAAGAAUCUUAUGAAAUAUGAUACGUCAAGAGAGAGUUAAGGUCCGGAAAUCAACACUUAAUUGUAUGAAUAAUACUUCUAGUUACAUAUUUUAUGAAGUAUUAAGUAAAAACAGUUAAAACAUACACUGAUAGAGCGAUUUAUAUCAAGUGCAAAUAUUGAAUGCCUAAAAGUAUGCAAUAUUUUCUCAGAAACAUAUUGAAAUAACGCAAAUAUCAAACAUAUAACAUUUGAAUUAAAAUUAUUUAAUCUAUUUUCGUAUACCACCAAGAAAACAACCACUUACACAAGCAUUAAUAGAAUAUAUUUGCCAAGAUGGUUUUUAGGUUAAAAAUAUCAUUUCGCCUGCCUUGUUGAUAUUUUUAAUGCUACUUAUUUGAAAAAAAAAACUCUUAUUUGAAUUCUCAAUUCUUACUUAACAUAUAUGAAGAUGUUUCUUAAAGAUUUGACGUGUCAGGUAACAAGUGACGUCUGGCUUCGUUUAUGCCUUACAUUUGGCCACUCUCAACGAUUGCUCACAUCCCUCUGAAUAUCGAUUCCAUUAAAGGUAUAUGUUAAGUAGUGUGAAUACCGAUUGAUCAGAUUCGUUUUUCAACUUUCGGUACAUGUUGCGCCUAAAAAUAUGCAACCGAUAUUCCCUUAUUGAAAGAAUCAAUGCUCUGCACUUUCACAGUUUCUUAGAACUGGUGUUUCGUUGUCAGAAAUGCUCCGCGUUCAAGAAGGCUUAAACACACUUUCUGAAGCGUAACUUAUUCAAAAAGACGUUUAAGAAAGCAAUUCCUUAGGAACAAGUUGAGUCACUAAAGAUUUGCUUCUUUUGAUUGAAGUUAACGAUAAAUAUAAGCGCUUGAAGCGUUAGUUUAUCAAGUAUUCUAUCUGUGACUUAGUUGACGCUUAAGAAAGUGUUCACCCAAAAAACAAGAUUACACAGCAGGUAAUGGAAAUCUCGGCUUUAUAUCAUAGUCGUUGAGCAAGAAAAUCCUUUAAGAGAUCUUCGAAUAUUGUUGAAGAUCAUCGGAUUUGAAGAAACUCCUUUAGAAAAUCUUCGAAUAUUGUCGAAGACAAUCUGAUUUGAAGAAAAUCGCUAGUUUUUACUUUGAUCGAUUUUAGUAAAUCUAUCGAGAUGAACUAGUGAGUGCUUAUACUUUACAGUGAUAUCGAUUACUUUA